AUGCGGCAGCUUGUAGGCAUGGUCACCAACGGACAGGUCGUGGACAUGAGGGAGGGCCUGACGGCAUUGUUCGAGAACGCGGGUCUAACGGAAGUGCAAGACGCAAUCGUCGCUGUGCCGGUAGGAGCCAAGGCAAAGGAGGAUGUGCGUGAGCUAAGCUUACAGAGUAUGUUUGCGACAGCUUCGUUCGCCACAGCCACACUUAAGAAGAUACAGCCGGUUGAGCUUAAGGCAGACAUUGAGCCAUUGCCCGCUAGACUUGUGGGACAGCUCCGCAAUACAGGCGAAUCUUACAACCUGUUUGCUCUCUGGGCACAGAAGCCUGAUUGA